CAAUCAUCAAUUAAGAAUUAAGCAGUACUCAGCAACCAGGUUCGGGUAGCCUGUGCGCGUCUGAAGACGCCUGACAGUCACCGCGAAAGCUUUGACAACAUGUCCGAUCAUGAUCACACCAAGCAACGCAUAAUCGCAUCAGUCUUUGAUAAGCGCAACGCAGGUGCUGACAUUCAAGAGACAUACGUUGGACACAUAAAAAUAUGGGAGGAUGCAGGAGAAGAAUCCGGAAAAAAGCCUCGUUAUAUCUUGUUGUCACAGGGUAGCGAUGGAACUGGUUUCCUUCACAAGUCAAAGCUUAACACAAACGGCUCAUUCUCCGUAGGGAAGACGUGGUCACUUUCCGAGUUGCGUGGUAUAGAGGUUUCGAAUCCAGCAUCCUUCAAUGUCACACUGGCUCGUACAUAUAAAUGGCAGACAGAAAACCAUCUAGAUCAAGCAAAUUUCAUUUCCGCGGCAGUAAAGCUGUUUUACUUCGUCACAAAUGGUACCGGUACACUCCAUCUCGUCGGAGUGCAACAAAAUGAGCCAGGCCCAGUCAAUGGAUUCUCUGAAUCCUCGGAUACUCUAAUGACUCAAGCAUCGCAAAAUGACUUGAAUGCAACUUCUGGGCCAGCAAGGCGACAGGUUGCGACUUCGCGACCGGGGACACCACAGACAGGCAUGCGUACGGAGCCCCCCACUCGCUCUCACGUUAUGAAACCUCCAUCCCGUGCUGCUUCUCCCGCAGGUUCUAGUAUUAGCAAUAUACCCCAGAACAAACCCGGCUUGGGCGCGAUCCGACCCCCUUCCCCAAUACCAGCCUCUCAGCUACAAGGACAACCGCAAACCACUCCAUCCGGUCUACCAAGUUCACUUCGACCACGAGUUGUUCGCCGUCCAUCCAAUGCGACGCCACCACAAAACCCCUCGUUGAAUGGUUUGCCAGCAAACCUUGUACCGACCCGUGCACCUAUCGUUACGCCACCUCUACGCACCACCAAAGACAUUUACCCUUUUGCUGCAUCUCGCCCCUCCGCUGAAUUUGUCCACGCGUCGAGUCCACUUUCAGCCACUCCGACCAUUGCCCAGUUUCCUCGAUCAGAGUCCCCGGUCUCUGUUCGAUCUCAGAGGCCGCCCCCAACCAAAUCCACACCUACCCAAGAUCCUCCGCAACCUCGCCGGGAGCACAACAAUCGGGUAUCAUUCUUUGACCCUCUUAAUCAAGCUGCUUUGGACAGGCUUGUAGCGGGAGAUUACACGGAGGAUGGGGGUGCAAGUGAAGAAGAGACCUCACAGGCUACAAUGGCGAGUGUAGAGGAGAUGCUAGAGGGAUUUGAGUGGGCCGGCGAUGACUUUUUUGGGAAAAAGAAUGCAAAGGGGGCCGCAGACUUGGUUGAGGCCCGUCUGUUGGACGAGUUGAUAGCCCUCGAGAAGGCCAAUGUACACUCCUUCCUGGAGUCCGAUGAUCGCGUGGCUCUGGUCAUGAAUUUCCUGGAUGAAGCUAUUACUGAAGUCGACGCUAUGGACAGCUUGAUUUCGUCAUACAAGAUUCAUUUGAACGCUGUCGGGGACGAUAUCUCGUUCAUACAAUCUCAGCAACGCGGCUUACAGGUUCAGACACAGAAUCAACGCGCUUUGCUGGGCGAGCUCGAGAAUCUUCUUCAAACCGUCCAAGUAGACCGUGAAGCACUGGUGGCGCUCACUCAGGAAUCCCUCGAAAAGGCAUCUGGGAUACAGAAAUUGGAAGCAGCGGCCACAGAGCUUUAUAAAGCUCUCCAAGCUGGUCACGACACCGACAUGGCCGCUACCAUGGAGCGAUUAGACGAAUACAGGACACACAAUGCACUGUUCUGCAAGCGUAUCUAUGACUAUCUAUCCAUCAUGUCUGUCGCGCAGGCGGAGAUUAUUCUUGAUGGAAAUAAUGGGAUUACCAAGCCUGGUCGAGGACGACCGGCUAUCAAGAAUCAUCAAGGCAUGGAGGCAUACCUCGGUCGGUAUGCAGGACUACUUCUCUACCUGAAGGAGAUGGACGAGAAUAUAUAUUCGAGGUUCUGUGGAGCAUACUUCUCAGCCACCAGUGAACUUCACAAAAAACAAAUGGGGAGCUUACUCUCGAUUUACUCGGGAUUGCUGAAGAGGAUCCCAGACGAAGAUGCUGACCAGAACUUUGGGUCGACCAACGAAAAUAGUCAAAAGGCAUCGAUUCGUCGCGCUGGAACCAUAGUCCGUUCGCCUAUCGAGGGACGAAAGGAUCGAAAUAAAGACAGGGAAAGGCGGACGGAUGAGGAGUACCGUGCACCAGAGGCCCUGGGUCUUAUUUUGGAGCAAAUCGCCCCUCAAAUCUACCGGGAAGGAGACUUCAUUGCAGAUUUCCUGCAAAUCAACGAUGCUGGUCUUACGUUUGCUGAUUACGCUGGGCUGGACAAUUACUUCAGGCGACAAGCUGCACGAAGUGCAGGCUUGAGCCAAGCAACUAUGAAGCUCGUACGCGGUGCCAUGGACUUAAUUUUUGGCUUUCUACCUGCCGAGCUGAAGCAAUGGAUUGAUUCCGCCAUUGCCAAAGAUACAUUGCAGGUGGUAGGAGUCAUAGUCUGCUUGGAGCGUUUUGUAGCGGAUGCGGAUGAGCGUGACAAUGCAUUUUUUCUGCAAAUGCUGGAAAAGCAUCACACUAGGCUCAAGGGAUCCUUCGAUCGCCAUAUCAAUCAACAAAUCAAGAUGAUCGAGGAAACUAAGCUCACGAGCAAGAAACGAAAAGGGGUCGCUCAUUUUGUGAAAUACUUCCCGAUCUACGUCAGUCGCAUCGAACAGCAACUAAUUGGCGCGGAUGGUUUGGAGAUCAGGGCCAACGUUGAUCUCGCUUAUGAAAAGAUCGUACACAGCAUGUUCGAAUGUCUCAAGCACAUGGCUACCCUAGACGGUGAUGACGAAGACAAGGGUCAGCUCAAUUAUCACGUGUUGCUAGUCGAGAAUAUGCACUACUUCGUUGCGGAAAUGUCCCAGUUGGAUGUCGGCUCAGUUUCUGGGUUCUCGAAACAAGCGGAGGCGAUCUACAAUGAAAAUCUAAAUGCCUACCUCAAGAUUGUCCUCAGACGGCCUUUUGCAAAGAUCAUCGACUAUUUCGACGGUAUCGAACGGCUGCUCACGACUACUGCCCCGACGGAAGUCUCAAAGAACAACAACUACAACAGAUCUUCCCUGAAGAAAGUUGUCAAGGAGUUCGAUGGCAAAGACAUCCGCAAGCAUAUUGACGCCUUGUUCAAGCGCGUUGAGAAGCACUUCACUGAAGCUGAAGAGAAGGCGACGAAGGAAGAAAGCAGCGGCAUUGCUCCUGGCACGGUCAUGGUCGGCGUGUGGAAAGCUUGCGAAGAGGAGCUACAAAGAAUGACACAGAACUUCAACAAGCGGAUCUCGCAAUGUUAUGCGGAUAGUGGUGUCUCACUGGAAUACACUAGCGCCGACGUUGAGACGUCCUUCAGGCGUCACCGGCUUGGAUCAUAACUUAUUUUGCAGUACUAAUCAC